CAGGCGGCCUGUCAGCGCUUCCGCAAGCGCUGUCUCUGGCGCUGGCGGCAGCAGCGGGAGCGGGGGCGGCGGGCCCCCCUGGAGCUGCGGCGCCGGUGCUGCCGCUGCUGGGCGCAACACCGUCUCCGCCGCCGCCGCAGUCGGGGCAGCAGGCUGGGGCGGGGCAGGGGGCGGCGGCGCCGGUGGUGCGGUCAGGCUUGCAUGAGGUUGUGAACGGCAUGGUGAAGCGCCACGUCAUCGAGGAGCUCUGUCGGCUGCUGUGGCUGGUGGCUGACGAUGAGGCGGCGCCAGCUCGGACCACCGGUGUGCAGGCAGCAGCAGCGGCCUCCGCAGCAGCAGCAGCGGCUUCUGCACCGCUUGGAGGGGCAGCAGGCGGCGAUGGCAACGGUUGUGGCCAGGCUGCCAACUCGACGGGGCCGGCGAACACCGGCAGUGCGUCACGUGAGCAGCAGCAACAUCAGCAGCAGCAGGCGGGUGCGACCAACGCCGGUAGCGGCGCAGGUGGCGACCAGGGCAAGCAGGAGCCGGGGGCCUGCUGCGGUGGAGCCGAAGGAGGUCGGGAGAAGGCGGGUUCCUCGGGCGGUACCUCGGAAGCUGGCGGAGAUGGCAGGGAAGCGGCGGCCGCAAGCACGGAGGGCUCUGCGGGGACAGCAGCGGCAGCAGCGGCAGACCCGAACGGGGUGCCAGUGGAGGCGUUGUUGGGGCGGGAAGGCGGAGUAGCAGACGGAGCGGUGUCGGGUAGGGCUGCGGAGGCGGAGGCACAGGGCAGUGCGGCAGCUGGCGCGGCACCCGGUGGCGCACAGCAACAAGGGCAGGGGCAGCAGCGGGAGCCGGAGCAGCAGCAACAGCAGCAGCAGCCCCCCCGACCAGGGCCUUUGUAUGGUAGGAAGGAGCGUGUGGUGCUCGAGGAGUUCCUUUCAAUCAUGAACAAGAUCGGCGACACGGCCGCGAAGAAGCUCAUGCAGCAGAGCGUCUUUCCUGCGGCGCCCCUCCCACAGCAGCACCAAGGGCUGCUCCCAGUUCUGGUGGCGGGACCGACCCAUGGGUCAGUGGGUCCGCAGCAGCCCUCCUUGGCUUCGUCUUCGGCCGAGGGCUCGCAGCACCCCCUUGCGUCGCAGCCCUCGGCGGCGUUUGGCAGCCAGGGUCCGCAGCAGCCGUCGCAACCAGGGCAGCAGGCAGGUAUUGGGCCCGGGUCAUCGGGACCUGCGGCUGCAUUCGGACUAUUGCGCUCCCAGGGAGCAGCUGCCCCGCUGAGCGCUCAGGUCGGCUACAGCAGCGGCUCGCUGUCAUUCGGGGCAGCAGUGACAGGCAGCAACGGAGCCGGCGCGUAUGCAAUGCCGCAACCGCAUGCUUCGCAGCCGCAUCUAGCCACUGCCACUGCUCCGCAGCACAUGAGCGGCGUGCCCACCAUCCGUCCGCCGCUGCCGUCUGGCAUGACAGCGCCGGGGGGGCACCCGGGGCAGCAGCAGCCGCCUGCUGCCCAGGCGCAGCAAACCCUACCGCCCAGCCACCACCAGCUGCACGGAGGCGUGCCCGUGAUCCUGGCCCCGCCUCGGGGUGUGCAGCCGGCGGCAGCUCCAUCGGGGCAGCAGCAGCAGCAGUACGCGCCGCAAAUCCCCCAGCACUUGGUGCCCAUGUUCGGCGACCAGCAGCAGCAACAACUCCAACAACAGCAACCGCUUGCACUGUACGCGGGUUUGCAGUACAUGGCUUACGGCUCCGCUCCCCAGGGGGCUAGCUUGCAGCCUGAGCCCGGUAUGCUGGGUGCGGCAGCGAGCUUCCAUCCCCAACAGCAGCAGCUGUUGUUGCAGCAAUUGCUAGGAACGCAGCAACAGCAACCGAACACGUUGACAGGUGUGGGCUCCGAGUCUUCCUUGCAGCAAUCGUUCCUUCAGCCGUCUGAGCAACAGCAGCAGCAACAACAACAGGAGCAGCAGCAGCAGUUGGCUAGUAGUAGCGGAGUUGGAGCCGCGGCGGGUACUGCAGCGUCAUUGUUACCGCUGGCCUCCCUGCCCGCUCAACCGCAGCAGCUACCCGAGCAGGACAAUACCCCCGGGGUGGGAGCCGCUGCCGCCACACCGGCGGGCGGUACCGCGGUGCCGCUUGCGGCGAGGGAGGAGGCGCCGCUGGGGGAUGUUACGAUGGUGGGCUAACGUUGGGGGUGUUGAGUUGGGGGCGGCAUCCGGGCUGGCACGCGGGCGGCCAGGAGGUGGUGGGGAAGGAGUGGAGCCGGAGCAUGCGGACAGGGCGCAUGCGACGUGAGGAAGCAUGCAGGCAGCUGAGCCAGACUGGGGUUAGUGCGCAAUGGGUACGUUUGCUGCGUGGUGAUAGUUGUGACUCAUUAGCGUGGGUGUGAAGUUGGGGAGUAGCCGCAGCAUGGGAGUGAGGUUAGCUGGGGAGGUGUAUUGCUGGCGCGUGUUGACGUGGAGAGCAGUGCGCCCCCAGCCAUUUGACAUGUUCACCUUGUGCGGGCGGUCUUGGUGGCAGUUGGUGCAGUAGGUAGAUGGGGUCCGUUCUGCUUGAAACGAGAUGCAGGCGCUACUAUUGUUGAGGGCACAUCUUACACGAACCGCGUCUAAAUGUCUGUAUUGCUUUGACCUCUGUUUGCCUUCGAGUGCUCACUGCUGACUCCGUUCACGACUGGCUGCCUGUUGUUGCUAGAUUGGGUUGUUUGCGGGAGUGGCAACGCUCUCAGCCAGAACGUGACAGUUGUGUGAAGUCGGCUGCGUAGCUCUUGCGAACCGCGGUCUGAAGCCCUCCUAAAUGUUCUUGGAGUUGACUCGUGAACAGGGCUUAGCCCAACGCAUACCCGUAGAAGCUAGUCAAGGAAGCAGCAGUAGAAAGUGUGGGGGUCCAUAGGACUGUUGCCAAGUUGUCUUAAUGUCACCAGGGUUUCCAAUCGGCUAGUACGUACCAAGGGGUUGUUUCUUCAAGGUGCACUGCGCGGAAUUAAGGCCAGCAAUGGCACCUAACGACUCGUAUAGGUACCACAGCUCAUGCGUGUGGCCGCCUUCAACCUAGGAAGCACGGCGGCAGCUCUGCUGCUAGAGGCGGUUAUGAGAUAAUAACCCUAGGGUGGUUACUUGCUUGCACCUUGCAGUUGUAUUCUAGUGUGGCGCCGCCGCCUUCCUCUGCCCUGUGCCUGGGAUGGAUGGAGAACUGUGGCAAGGGUGGACGCUACAUGCACGCUUCUAUACGACUCAUGCCAGCCGAUAGAAAUAUGGUAGAUAGUUCUUAUGGACUUCAAGUUAAAAGUAUUUUGCUUGAGCAAAAGAAAGGGG